GUCAAAACAAGCCAGGGUCGGAAGUUGGACCGACUAUGGCAAAAAGGAAACCAAAGAAAAACAUAGAACACACAACUUCAGAUGGAGGGCUGAAUAAGUUGACAAGUCAGGAAGAAACUACACAACAAGAGGAAAAUAAUAUGGUUCCCCUCGCUGCUGCUGCUUUGGUCGUCGCCGUUUUUGUGGUGCCUCUGACAGCCGAAGUAUCCGCAUCUGUCUUCAGUCAUCAUAAGCACUUAGCUCUGAAGAUGGAUGAAGCACUUCUGACAGUCAAGAAUGACCUGGACACUGAGGUGGUGGUGUCCUGGAUGUCACAGCGCUGCUAUCAGUGUUUGUACCAGCAGCUAGGGGUGGUACCUGCAGGACCCAGUCCUGGCCAGCCCAGUUCAGUGGACUUUAUUGUAGGUACACAGCAUGAAAUUACACUACAGCUCAACAGCACUCUCGUCAGCAUGGAGCUCUGCAAGGUUCCAUUCCACUUUGGGGAGCAUGGGAACUACUCUCUGUGGAUGCAAAACCUGAACAACUCCUCAGAAGUCAAAUGCUCUGUUUCGACAGAUGCAGACCCCGUGAACAGCUACAUACCGAUCUUGGUUGCUUUUCUUAUCUUUGCUGGACUGGGGUUGGUAUUUGCAGCUGGUAGGAAAAUAUUAGGACUUGGAGCAGUGAGGAGUCUCGUCCUCCGAAUUGGUGGAUCCAUGGAGACAGAGAGACUCAUCAACUCUGAACUGGGCUCUCCUCGGAUGGUGCCACCAGUUACAGACAACAUCCUCCCUCCGCCACCCAGCCCCAGCAAGAGGCUUCGAUCUCUGGACACGUUUAGAGGCAUCUCCUUAGUCAUUAUGGUGUUUGUGAAUUAUGGAGGAGGGCGUUACUGGUUCUUCAAACACGAAAGCUGGAAUGGGCUCACUGUUGCAGAUCUGGUCUUCCCUUGGUUUGUGUUUAUAAUGGGGACAUCCAUUGCACUUUCCAUCAACUCCAUGCUGCGUGCAGGCACAACCCGACGCUCGCUGCUCAGGAAAGUUGUGUGGCGGAGUAUGCAGCUCUUCAUCAUUGGUGUCUUCGUCAUUAACCCCAACUAUUGCCAGGGGGCAUUGUCUUGGAACAACUUGCGGAUCCCAGGCGUGUUGCAGCGCCUUGCCUGGUCAUACCUGCUUGUAGCCUGCCUGGAUUUAUUAGUGGCAAGGGGCCAUGUUGACAUCCUUACGACGGAUGCUUGGUGGGCUCCUGGCCUCGAUAUCCUGCUGUACUGGCCAGCAUGGCUGUGUGUGCUUCUUUUAGAAGUCGUCUGGCUAUGCCUCACUUUCCUACUUCCUGUACCAGAUUGCCCAACAGGCUAUCUGGGUCCAGGUGGGAUUGGGGACAUGGGUCUGUAUGCUAACUGUACCGGGGGAGCGGCUGGUUUCAUUGACCGCUGGCUUCUGGGAGAAAACCACAUUUACCAGACUCCCACAUCACGGGUGAUUUAUGGAACACACAUGCCAUAUGACCCAGAGGGUGUUCUUGGUAGCAUCAACUCUGUUCUCAUGGCUUUUCUUGGAUUACAGGCAGGAAAAAUAAUCUUGCACUACAGAGAUCUCCCCACAAGUAUUAUGUCAAGGUUCCUCAUAUGGGGCUUAUUUCUGGGAAUCAUCUCAGCAGCUCUGACCAAGUGUUCCACAGAGCAGGGCUUCAUUCCUGUCAACAAGAACCUGUGGUCUCUGUCCUACGUGACAACACUGGCCUGCUUUGCCUUUGUGCUGCUAGUGCUGGUCUACUACACCGUAGAUGUGAAGAAAUGGUGGUCUGGGGCACCUUUCUUCUACCCUGGAAUGAACUCCAUCCUCAUUUAUGUGGGCCAUGAAGUGUUUGAGGACUACUUUCCUUUCCGUUGGCGCAUGGCCAACAGCCAAUCCCAUACUGAACACCUCAUUCAGAAUCUUGUGGCCACUUCAUGUUGGGUCUUGAUUUCCUACGUACUCUACAGAAAGAAGAUUUUCUGGAAAAUUUAGAAGUACAAGCCCUGAAACAAAGGAACAACAAAAGCAAAGAACAUUGUUUACAUCAAAAUUGCUGGAGAUAUGAUCUGAAAAACAUUUGGAAAGUGGGGAAACAGUACACUGACUUAUAAUGUUGAAACUAUAAUGAAGCUCUGUGUCUGAAUGUGUGUGAGUUUCUUCUUUGACAGCAACUCUUUUUUGCUACUUCAUUUAGUUUAGAAAAAAAAAUCACUCACUGCUUUUUAGAACCUUAAACAUUUUUUCUAAAAUCCUCAGUUAUGAAACAGCGGAGCACUGCCAAAUAUCCACACUAACUCAGGAAGAACUUGUCUAAGAAAAAUUUUCUGAAAACUGACAUAGUUAAAUUUAUAUUUCACUAUAUGCUACAGACCCAAGUUUUCAUGCCUCACCUUGACAACAAACAGGGUGUUGUCAGAGAUGUUUAGGAAGGCUUUGCUCACUUCCUCUUCGGAGAAUGCCUGCUGCCUUUUCACAAACUGUUGUGUUGCUAUGAAAGCUGAAGUGGGGAUUUUGUGAGUCUUUGACAGAAGGAGACAGUCCAUUAUGCACACUUCUGAAGAAAAUGUUUCGAAGAAUGCAUUGUGAGCUGUCAUCAUUUCCACUUCCCAAUGGCAGAUGGAUGUGACGCUUGACCUCUUUACAGCCACCAGGUCUCUUUACAGUAGUUUCAGCUGCAUUAUAAACAAGCAUAUUUUCACAAACUUAAAGAAGCUCACUUUCAGACUAUGUCUCAUACAUGCAUUCUGGCAUUGCAGCUCUCCCUUUCCAAGCUUUUCCAUUUAGAUAUGUUACAAUUGCAAAAAUUCCAUAGAAAGGGGUUAAGAAGUUUUUACACAAUGGGAUACAGUAUGUAGAGAUUUUGAAAUCUGAAAAUCAAACGUCUGCAGCAUUUUGUUCCUGAGCUUCCUAUGUGGAUUUAAACAUCAUCUAUUGCCAGCUGGUCGUCCUGCUCAAGUGCCAGUGUUUUUGGUUUGCAAUCCCCUCCUCCCCUCAGACCAAUGCUCCGUCUCCCAGCAAGUGGUGAGACAUGCGAUGCUGCGUGUUACCAAGUGUUGAGGGGAAGUAAAGGAGGGCACAUCAGACGACUAUUGAAACCUGCUGAGGGUUGCUUCUUUGGUGUUUUGGUUAAUGCUGAAACAGCGAGUGGGUUUAGUUUUUUUCAGGUUUUCAAAAAAAACAAAACAGUUUUUUAUGUUAAAUGUGUAAUAAACUUUACAGAAUGCAAUUGUACUGUAUCAUGUCCAUCUACAGGAGUCUCAUUGUGAGAUUGUAAAGAUAAAGUAUAUGUUUGAUGGUGUCAUAAAACUCUGUUGCCAUUUACUUCACCAUACUAUGUGUGCCCCCUCUUAUAACUGUCAGGUUGUAUAAAUAUCACUUUAACACAUUUUUGAAGAAGCAUGUAGUCUGUAAAAUAUCCAAAUGCUGUCAGAGAUUUUGGAACCAUUGCUCGUGUAGCACUAUCUCAAUUGAUUCCUUUUUCUUUUGAAUUUUUAUACUUUUUUUUAAUAUUCACUGUUUGAAAAAUAAAAAUAAAUUUAUUUAAUAAAAUAUAUCCCAAAAAUGA